UUUUUCCUGUGCAACCGUUAAAGUGCCAUCAUGAGAGUUGUUCUGUUUAGUACGUAUGUCGCUUGGGCAAUUGCGAAUCUAAUUAGCACUGAUCCUAGCUGUACAAUUUCCAUAAAUUACCAAAGUGGCAAUCUUAAAGAACCUCAGCCGUUGCUCUUAAACCAGAAUAUGACCAUCUGGUACCCGGAGGAUCAUGGAGGGAGGAUAAGGAUACCUGUAAAUGGCUCCAUUUACCUGGCAUGCCCAGGCGACAAUAAUUAUCUCACAAACGAAAAUUGGGGCGAUAAGGUCGAAGCAGUUUGCGUGAGGGAUGAUGUGUUUGACGUGAAUGAAAUUACCGGAAUUCGCUUCUCGUCCUUAGUUUGCAAGUCUCACACCUGGCAUCGCGCUAAGCGUAUGGACUCGCUACCUUGCCUCGAGAGACACAGCCCUAUCGAAAUUGGUUUCAGCGUGAGCGGCAGUUUCAUUCCUACUAUUGAAUUAUGCCGCGACGACGAGACGAAGGUGACAUAUUACACGAAGUUCAAGAUGACAAAAAUGAUUAAAUAUUAUCAAAUAAAUUAUCCUAGACCGAGCAAGUUUCUAGCGGGGAGUUUUUAUCCCGACAUAGAUAUAGACCAAUUGUAUAAAUUCAAAACUCAGUUGAAUACGCUAGCCGAGAUCCUAAAUUCGACCGAGUUGGCUAAACAACGAUUGAAGAAGUCGGAACAGUUCCUCUCCCGCGGUCAUCUCGCGGCCAAAGCGGAUUUUGUCUACGGCGCCCAGCAGAGGAGUACCUUUUGGUACUUGAACACUGCGCCUCAGUGGAAAUCUUUUAACGAAGGCAAUUGGUAUUACUUGGAGGUAAUCGUGAGAAUAUUCGCUACUACGAAGAAUUUGGAUCUCGACGUUUACACGGGGGUACACGGACAAAUGACCAUGUUGGACAUUCAUAACGAACAGCAGCCCGUAUACCUGGGUGUCGACGGCGCAAUAUCUGUACCGAAGUUCUAUUGGAAAGUCAUCUACGAUCCAUUGAGCAGGCGGGGCAUCGCGUUUAUAGGUCUCAACGAUCCGUUCAUCGACUCGGUCACAAGCGAUGUAUAUCUUUGUACAGAUGUCAGCGAGAGAGUCGCGUGGCUGUGGAUAAUCGAGAAGAAUGAUAUCAAGGCCGGCAUCUUAUACGCUUGCGACGUCACUGACCUGCGAAGAGCAGUGCCCACUGUGCCAGAGCUUGAUGUAAUCAAUAUUCUAACGUGACACGAGCGAAUCAUUUGGUUCUGUUUUUAUGCAUAAUGCAUGUGAAAUACGAAACAAUAGAAUACACGUGUAUAAUCGUGAUAAAUGAAUUAUAUACAUAAUUGUAGAUUUUUGUACCUAUUUUGAACUUCUUAUUUUUACGUGUGUACAGAUUGUUAAAAAAUUUAUAUAAAAAAAGAGAAUUGCAGUACAUUGUACUGUGCAUUAUAUUAUACGACACACACAGUAUGAUACACGUCUAACAUAAGUCUACACAAGGAGUCGAAAGUAUCGAAGUAACAAUACCUUUCGAACACACUAAGCACUUUAUCUUCGAUACGAGCGAGGUGUCGAUAACAGGAAGGCAACAUUCCUGCGUUCGAGAUGCUGAAUACAGAGAUGUUAGCAAGUUAUUGUGAAUGAUAUACCUCCGGAAAUUCGCGCUGUACAUUUUUAUAAUGCAUAUUAAUUAUACCUAUACACUUUCGAUUA